AAAUGCCGGCAUUAUGACAUGAAUUGCCCUCUACUUUCCUUUCAGGUGGAUGGCUCAUACUCUUUGCCAUCAUGCUGCGGCUGGUGGCAGCUUGCCCUGCAUCAUGUGUGGUGUGCACCAAAGAUGUAACCCUCUGUCACCAACUAACCUAUAUAGUAGCAGCCCCUGUGACCACGAGGGUUUUAAUCAUCACUGAUGGAUCGCUCUCCUCUAUAGAGAGCACAAAUCUGUCCCUCUUGUUUAAUCUCGCCCUGCUCUCCUUGAGCAGAAAUGGCAUCGAGGAUGUUCAGGAAGACGCCCUGCACAGCCUUUCAAAGUUGCAGACGUUGUUGCUGGAGCACAACCAGAUAUCCAGCUCUUCACUCACCGACCACACCUUCAGCAAGCUUCGCAGCCUGCAGGUGCUGGCGCUUAGCAACAACGCUCUCCGCACCCUGCGAGGGUCUUGGUUCCGACACACCAGGGGCCUGACCCGGCUCCAGCUGGACGGGAAUCAGAUCACUAAUCUGACAGACGGUUCUUUUGGAAGCACACAUCUCCACCAUCUCAGGCAUCUGGAUUUAUCUAACAAUUUCAUUUCCUACAUUGGGAAAGAUGCCUUCCGGUCCCUGCCUCAACUCCAGGAAGUGGACCUUUCCCGGAAUAGGCUGGUCCACAUGCCGGAUGUUUUUACUCCACUGAAGCAGUUAACCCUUCUGAGCUUAGAUCAGAACCAGUGGAGCUGCACUUGUGAUCUCCACCCCCUUGCCCGGUUCUUAAGAAACUACAUAAAGUCUUCUGCUCGCACGCUCAGGAACGCCAAGGACCUAAGUUGUCAGCCGUCCACCACCGCUGUGGCCCCUGCAAAGAGUGUGCUAAGGCUGUCUGAGACCAACUGUGACUCCAAGGCUCCCAACCUCACUCUGGUUCUAAAGGACAGAAGUCCCUUCUUCCCAGGGCAGGACGUGGCCCUGCUGACUGUCCUUGGCUUUGCAGGAGCUGUUGGUCUCACUUGCCUAGGUUUAGUUGUAUUUAACUGGAAACUCCAACAAGGCAAAGCAAAUGAACACACAUCAGAAAACCUUCCUUGCAGAACCUUCGGUGAAUCCCUGUGUGAUCGUGAGGCGAGAAAUUACCACGCUAAGGGAUACUGUAACUGCCACUUAGCUCAGGAAAACGAGAUAAAGGUCAUGUCCAUUGUGGGGUCCAGAAAGGAAAUGCCACUUUUACAGGAAAACAGCCAUGAAGCAGUGCUGGCCUCGGAGUCCACAGCCCCUGACGGAUCGUUCAGAAACCUGAGCGGGCAGGGCCCCGGGGCAGACAGAACCUUCUUCUGCCUUGGUGGCAGAAUGCUGCGGUCGGGAUGUCCAGAGCCUCCCGGGAAUACGGCAGCCUUUCACGAAGCAGGCUUACUUACAAGGCACUGUCCAGAGAGAGCCGAAAAGCUAAGGAAUCUUGAGCCUGCGGAAGUCCAGCCUCCAUCCCUGCAGCAGCACGUAACAAGAACGAUAGAUAUCAGCAGUGACACAUUUAGUAGAAGAUAUGCAACAUCCGCUUCAGAUUUGGCAAGAGAAAGUCUUGAAGAGCAUUUAACAAAUGAAUCAUGGCAGCCUCCAAUAGAAAAAGGAGACAAUGGCUUACAACCUCACAGGCAGAGACGUUUUAUUACAGGCUCACCAUCCAAGCCCCGUGAGCCUGAGGAACACUACGUACGAAAGAUCUUACAAACACAUAGAUCAAAAUGUGAUGAUCCUUGUGGACUGUUAAAACGGAGCAGGCCUGGGUGUUUUCAGCCAAACAGUUCUCUUAUCUGUAAAUAUGUGCCCUGCGAUCAAUUUCAAGAUUAUGUGAAAGAAAAAAAGCCAAAUCGGCGAGAACAUUCAAAGCCUGAGAAAGAGCAGAUCCAAAUUAACAGUGCAGUAGAAAAAUUCCUUAUGAGUGAGGACAACACAGAGUUAUCAGGGUUAUCAACAAAAAUCACGAAAACAUAUUCGCCUAAGAGGGUUAGCUUCCAUGAUCCUGAUUUACUAGAAAAAAAUAGUUUGAUGAUGUCAUCCAAAACAUCAAGCCACUGGAAACGGCAGAAAAAUCAAAGUAAACACCUGACCAACUUGGAUCUCAAGAAAUGUAGCAAUCCUCAGGAGAGACACAAAGGAGAAAAGUGGCUUACUGAUCCACAAAUUCUGAAAAAGAAGAGAACCAAUCAAUCUGACUUCAAAGGAAAAAUUAAAGGAAAAAAUUUAAGCAUAAAGUUAAAUUUACACCCUUUUAGCAAAGUCCGAGUGCAUCCAGAAAAAUCCUUGCCAGAACUCCCAAAGAAACACAAGCAAGUAUUGUCAUCUUCAAAUAAACUAUCCAAAGAAUCUGAGAAAGAAGCCAAAGUAAACUUUGAAUCCUCUGCAGAUUUUUGCCAACAGCCAGAGAGUAACAAUUAUGUUAAAUUCACCGCAAAAAGGCUGCCUCUCAAACAUGCACCAAAGCAGACCUCAUAUUACAAAAAACACAUUAAAAAGGCUCCUCCGCUCAGUGCUCACAACUCAUCUGUAGUUAGCCAGAGCUCAGUGGAAGGCAGGUGUCACCCUACUGGUCAUAUUCCUGCUGGAAACCCAUCACCGUUGCCUCAGCCCACGCCCAUGGUGGCUGAACACAGGCAUUCUCAGUUCUCGGCUGAGCCAGUGGGAGGUGCAGCUCAUCUGGCAUUGGAUGUUCCUAGUUAUUUACCAGCUACUCUGGAAGUAACAGGAAGGGAUGAUUUACCAUCCUGCCAUUCCAAGGAGGUUACUGACCAAGGAGCAACAGAGCCCACAGAGCACACAGAGCAGGACAAAUCAAAGACUAGUGAGCUAAGCCAGUUUUCUUUGUCCCUGGAGAAUCAAAUCCGCAGGCCUGACACCUACAAGGAACGUACUUUAGAUCAAAAUCAAACUGCACAACAUGCGGAACAACUCUCAAGUCAUGAACAACUUGGAAAUGAAGAAAAAACAUUAAUGACAAGACCCAAAAUAUCACAUCCAAUUGUGGAAAGUUGCGUUAGGGAUGAGGGAAAUGACAUAGAAAAGAAACUUCCCAAAACAGAAACUUAUGAUUCCUCUCUCAUUCCCCAGACACAAUCCAAGGGCAAGCUAACAUUUUGGAAGACAAAUUCUCUUCCACACCAAAAUAGAGCAGAGGGUCCAAAGGAUAUAAGUACCUCUCUUAGUACUCAAGCCAUUUGGCCUCUAACCAACAGUAGUGAAAAAGGAAUUGACGGCACAAAUGCAUUGCCCAGAGAUGACGGCACUGAAGCACCGGAGGUAAAAAUAGCAGGGAGAGAAGAGAAAAAUACGCUCCAUGAAAGCAAGGCAAAUUGUAGUAUGUUAAUUAGAACCACGCAGAUGACCUCAAAUGGCACUGCAGAAGGAAAGCAACCAAUUUGGGAAACUGGAAAAAAUGAAAAACAUACAUUACAUGAUUCAAGCUCUGUUGAGGAGACUACCACAGCUAAGGAUUUGAGUACCACGAAGGAAGCCGAAAAUAGACUACCUUGUAGUGAAAUAGAUCUUAAAAUUAACAGUAAUAUGCAUGAUUUGAGAGAAGUUCAAAAUUUUCAACCAGAUAAAGGUAACAGUGCACAUAAGGAAGGUGAGGUCACAGGGGAGACGCAUAAAGCCCUUCCCCCGCCAGAGUUAAAAGACAUUAGUUUUGAGGCAGAAAAUGAGAUGCCUCUAAUUCCCAGAGGAAUAAAUGAAGCUGAAAACUCUGCUCCUAACCCUACACGGUAUCCACCGUCUGCUGAAUAUGUUAAUUCACCACCUUUAGAGGCAGAACAAAGUGAACAAAAUAACUCAAAUAAUAGGCCAUUUGAACUCUAGCUUUCUUCAAAAGGACACACAAAUAGC